ACACUAACACACACACAUGUCUCUGUUAUCUGGGACUUUGCUGCCAGUCAGGAAUGUAGGUCUUAGUUUAGUGGAGCAAGCAGCAACAGGUCCACCUCCUGAAUGGGAGUUUUUGUGGAGGACACUGCGCUGGUACCUUUUAGACAAAGAGCUGAGAUCAAGACAAAGAGAUAAUCUGUGUUUCAUGGAGAGAAGCGGCAUUGAAGGAAAACUGUGUUGAGUUCACUCUGCAGUCUUAAAGGUGUCCUGGUCAAUCAAGUUCACACUGAUAGGAUUGAGUCAGUAGCCAGGAGCAGCUCUUUGCCAUGGAGGCUAUGCAUGUGCUGGACAACUGGAGGAAGGAUCUUCAUGUGUCGCAGGGAGCCGGGGACAGCUCAGUGGACAUGGACCGCCUGAACAGGAACAUGCCUGAGUUUGGACGGCAAACCCACCAGGUGUUACAGAGCACUCCGUUGGACCUGAUUGAGACCGGAAAGGGCCUGAAGUUCCAGGCAGAGCGCCCCCACCUGGUCAGCCUGGGUAGUGGACGACUGAGUACAGCCAUCACCCUGCUGCCCCUGCCUGAGGGCCGGACCACACUGGGCCAUGGUAACAUGGACAUCAACAUCCAGGGCCCCGGAGUGGCUGCCCAGCACUGCUACAUAGAGAACAGGUCGGGGGUCAUCACGCUGCACCCCUGUGGGAACCUCUGCGCCAUUGACGGGCUCCAGGUCACACAGCCCGUCCGCCUGUCACAAGGCUGUAUGCUGUGUUUUGGCCAAUCAGCCUUCUUCCGCUUCAACCACCCUGAAGAAGCCUUCAGGAUGAAGAGCAUGGUGCCCCAGGGAGGAAGCAUCUCCUCCGGGGACUACAGACUAUGUCCAGACACGGAGAGCUUCGUCAAUGGGAAUCACCGGGCCAGUCCAGCCCAGUCUCCCCCAGCUCCUGGAGAGAGAGUCCAGUCUGAGCACAGUGCGAUCGUCAGCUCUAUCGAGAAGGACCUCCAGGAUAUCAUGGACUCCCUAGUCAUGGAUGACCCCCAGCCUUCUUCCUCGGAGGGCAAAAGGCCUCCUGGAGGCCAGCCCAUUACCCACUCCCCCCUGUCGCCCAUGGUCAAUGGAGGGGGCCGGUUUCUGCUGUCCCCUCCUACCAGCCCCGGGGCUAUGUCCGUGGGGUCCAGCUAUGAGAACACAUCCCCUCCCUUCUCUCCCUUGUCCUCCCCCUCAGCGGCCAGUAGUGGGAGCUUCACAAGCCCGUCUCCUAGUGGAGGACCCCAGGACCAGAGUUCUUCUCUGCCGCCAGUGCCUGUACGCUCCUCUAGCUACAACUUCACCGCCCAGCCUCCGCCUGUACCCCAGCCACGGACCAUACUGCCUAACUUCAGCAGCGCUGGGGCGGGCCAGAAGGUUCUGGAAAGCCCUAGGCUGCAAAGGAAGGUCUUAACAGAGGCUCCGCCAAGCCCAAAGCCAAGCCGUAGAGGACUCGGCCAAGAUGGUUCUGAGAGCCCCCGACAGACUCUUCUGUCCUCUAAUGAAUCUCUCAGUAGUAGAAACAUUGUGCCAAGUAGCCCCAGACUCACUCCCAAAUUCCCUACCUGUCCAUCCCCGUCUCCCUCCAGUCCCAGGACCAAGACGACCACAGUGCUCCAGGAAAGGCCUGCUAGCCCUUUCAGAGAGCAGACCAGUCUAGCUGAUUUCCUAGCCUCCAGCCCCUCCAGGCAGCUUUCCCAACCCACCAAAGCCUUCCAGCCUCCCCUGGACCCCAUCGUCCACAUUAUCCAAGGGUCGCCGCUCCAGCAGCAUCCACGUUCGCUGCAGCCCCCUGAAAGCCCUCGCAUGGCCAGGAGAAACAUGGAGCUGAACGGCGGCAGUGGAGGGAGCAGCAGUAUGAGAGAGCUGCCACCUCUUAGCCCCUCCAUGGCUCGGAGAGGGGUGCCGGUACUCCCAGGGGCGCUCCCAGGGACAAUCCCCACCUUGAGGACUCCAGAGAGCCCCUCAAGUCUGGGCAAGCAUAUCCCAGAGAGUCCCAGGCUCCGGCGCAGGGCCGGAUCUACAUCCGAGGAGCCGAGCUGCAGCAGGGGAAUCCGAGCCCGCAGUCCGUCGCCUACCUCUAUGAUGAUGGAGGGUGGCGGCGGUACGGGAGCACGGAAGGCGAGCUUUGGGAAUUCCCUGUCGCCUGCUUACAGUCUGGGCUCCCUGCCGGGCUCGUCCCCCGUAGCCAGUCCUAGGACCCAUAGGAAGAUGUCCGCAGGGAGACCCCACCCUGGGAUGAGAGAGCGAAAGAACAGCAUCACAGAGAUCAGCGACAACGAGGACGAGCUGCUGGAGUACCACCGACGACAGAGAGAGGAGAGGCUUCGAGAGCAGGAAAUGGAGAGACUGGAGCGACAGCGACUAGAGACCAUCCUAAACCUCUGUGCUGAAUACAACAAAGGAGAUAGCCCCGGCCUGGACCCCCUGGGCUCAGGGAGGAUGGGUUUCCCAGAUGGCUCGGGGCGGGGGCCGUCCAUGGAGAACGUCCUAGGAGGGACGGCGUCCUCGGCCGCGCUGCGCCUGCUGCAGAGACAGAGAGAGAGCGACGAGGAGAACCUGAAGGAGGAGUGUAGUAGCACAGAGAGCACUCAUCAGGAGGUGAGGACGUCUCCUGCUCUCAGCACAGCAUCAGCGCUGCACAAUGGAGACAAACAGCAUGAGGACUCAUCCAGUUCGGGCAGCGCAGGGCGUCUGGAGCUGGGUUACCUGGAAGACGAGCGGGUUCGCGUUCUCUCACGGAUCGAUGAGCUCAAAAGUCGGCUGACGGAGCUGGAGCAACAACUCCAGGAGUCCAAACAAGAGGCGGAGAUGGAGCGUGCCUUGCUGCAGGGCGAGAGGCAGGCGGAGUUCGACCAGAUAGAGGCUGAAACGGACAUCAUCAAUCAGCUGCAGCACAAGCUGGACGAGCUGGAGAACGCCAUCCAGAGGGAGAAAGACAAGGAGAGGGCUAAUGUUGAGGCCGAGCGCCGGGCCCUGCAGAGCCUCCAGGAGGGCUACGCUGAGUUGGAGAACCAGCUUCAUAACUGUCCCGAGUCCCUGCGGGAACAGUUGCAAGAACAGCUCAAAAGGGACGGAGAAGCGUUGGAAACAGGAACAAAAAAGUUUGAGGACUUGGAGUUUCAGCAGCUGGAGAGAGAAAGCAGCCUGGAGGAGGAAAGAGAAACCAUCAGCCAGCAGCUGCUCCAGGAGAGAGCAGAGUACCACGGCAGCGUGGCCAAGAGGAAGGAAAAGGUGUCUGUUCUGGAGAACCAGGCCCACCAGCUCAGCCUGCAGGCAUCUCAGGAGUGCGAGCGACUGGCCAAAGACCGGACCUUCACACUGCAAAUGCUCCAUAAGGAGAAGGAGAGGCUGUCGGCCCUGGAGAAGAGAUACCACUGCCUGACGGGUGGAAAGAGCUUCCCCAAGUCCUCCACUGCAAUGAGAGAGGACGCGCUCCAUAUCAGCGAGGCUGACCUGUUGUUGGAGGAUGUCUACUCCUCCCAGCAUUCCCUCUGUCGAGCCUCUCCUUCCUACUUACAUCCCUCCCCUCUCUGUCAGUUGUACCCCAGCAGCCCUACAGAGGAGUAUGUGACAGUGGGCCAGUUAAAUCAGAUGUAUGGGAUGCCAAAGGUGGAGUCGUCCCCUACUUCCCCGCUUCGCCAGCCCCUGCAGUCUGGAGCUGUAGACCCCGCCUUCUCCUGCCACCCCUCUCCUCACGGCUCCUCCCUCUCUCUCUCUGUGGAGUACCAGUGUGAGGCCGGUAUGCCUCACCUUCCCAAGCUAGAUUUAGAGCAGUGGUACCAGGAGCUGAUGUCUGGCUCCGGCCAGCUCUGUCCUCCCCCUCUGCCGGCCAAGUCACUGUCGGGCCGCAGGCAUGUGCUGCAGGUGUUCCGCUCUAAGCUGGACAGUGAUCCAGGCCUGUGUCUUCAUCAACCCAAAUCAGGCUCUGCAUCCCCUCUGCAGCACGGAGCAGCAACGCUGGGACGCAACGCAAGCUCAAAGAGCCCCCUGCUGGUGGCCAACAACACUGGCAGUCUGCCCAGGAACCUGGCUGCCACCAUGCAGGACAUUGAGAUCAAGAGACAGCUCGCUCUGCAGCAGAAAGAGUCCCAGACCUCCAGACAGAUCAUCGUAGAGGGAAGCUCAGCAGGUCAUCAGGUGAUCGAAGAGCAGCGGCGCCGUCUGGCCGAGCUCAAACAGAGAGCGGCGGUGGAGGCUCAGUGUCAGUGGGAGGCGCUCCACGGCUCCCAGUCCCACCUCAUGACUUCGUCCUCCCCGUCGCCCUCCUACUCCCCGAUCAUGUCCUACGGCCACAGCUCUGUAGGCCCCCCGCCUCUGGUUCAUCACUCCAUCCUGCACCACCAGCCCCCGUCAGCCGGGGAGCAGCCCUACGACACCCUGAGCCUGGAAAGCUCCGACAGCAUGGACACCAGCGUGUCCACGGGGAACAACUCGGCCUGCUCGCCGGAUAACAUGUCCAGUGUCGGAGGAGUGGACGCGCUGAAGAUCGAGGAGAUGGAGAAGAUGCUGAAGGAGGCGCAGCUGGAGAAAGCAAGACUCAUUGAAUCGCGGGAGCGAGAGAGCAUGGCUCGCCGUCAGAUGCUGGAGGAGGAGAGGAGGAGGAGGGAGGAGGCGGAGAAAAGACUGCAGGAUGAAACUUUCCACCGGCAGCAGCUCGUGGAGAAGGAGGUCAAGAUGAGGUCCAAGAACUUCUCUCAGGCCCGUCCUAUGACUCGCUACCUGCCCAUUCGGAAGGAGGAGUUCGACCUGCGCUCCCACGUGGAGUCGUCGGGCCACAGCGUGGACACCUGCUACCACGUCAUCCUCACAGAGAAGAUGUGUAAGGGCUACCUGGUGAAGAUGGGGGGCAAGAUCAAGUCCUGGAAGAAGCGCUGGUUCGUCUUCGACCGCCUCAAAAGGACCUUCUCCUACUAUGUUGACAAACAUGAGACCAAGCUGAAGGGUGUGAUCUACUUCCAGGCAAUAGAAGAGGUCUAUUAUGAUCACCUCCGCAGUGCCACAAAGAGCCCGAACCCUUCCCUGACCUUCUGCGUAAAGACCCACGACCGGCUCUACUACAUGGUGGCGCCCGCGGCAGAGGCCAUGAGGAUCUGGAUGGAUGUGAUCGUCACAGGAGCAGAGGGAUACACACAGUUCAUGAACUGAGAGACACACACGCAGCAACAGAAGAGCGCAGGUGACGAGCAGAUAGUUUCGGCAGGGACUCUCCCAUCACAGACUCUACAGGCCCUUCCUGUUUCCAGUCCACAGCGGACACAACGCCUUGUUUGUUACUUUUCAUUUUUAAUCUCACACUUUUGAUUUUACUAUGUAGAUGUUUUCACCUCCACAUUUUCUACGUGAUUCAGUUUGGAUUGAAAAAGGGAGCCCUUGGAGGACACACACACACACACACCAACACACACACAUCUGUAUAUAAACCAAAAUGUCAAAGACUUUUAAAAAGCCUUUCUAUAUUGCCAAAUGGAGAUCUUGUAGUCACUGUUUGUUGAACCUUUUGUAUUAUUUGUUUCCUUUCUUUCUUUCUUUUUUUACUUCUAGAGAAAAUUGCCAAAUGACAUAAUGCCAAUGUUUUGUUUGAGUGUUCCAUCAUGAUUAUAUGCUCAGUUUAGACAGAAAGAGUUUAAAAAGAAUUUUCAAUCAAAAGGUUUAAUCAAUUUAGAAAUAUAUUUGAAAGAAUCUUAUUCAAAAAUGGAUGAAUGAGAUAUGAGGAAAAACAGAUAUCAGUCAACAGGGACUGGAGAUGAUCCAAGAGUCCAGCACACUUGGUCCGUAACAGUGAAACAUAGUAAAACAUUGCAUCCUCUAAGUCCACUAAGUCACUUCACCUCAGUGCUGCUCUUGGACUUCAGAACACUAAAUCAAGUGCAGCUUCUACAGCAACAUUAAGGUACCCUGAUCUACAUCCCAGUCACUUCACAUAGGCUUACCAAAGUAAUUGGAGGUAUUUCGUUAAGACUUUGACCUACUACAGCUCAGGGUUGGUCCGACCAAUACAGGGUUUGAAAAGCCGGUACUGAUAUUAGUAUUGAAGCUGCUGAUAAACAUUUUUUUUUGCGGUAUUUAGUAUAUUCAAAUAUUACGGAAAAAAACUCCACUAACCUCAGAAUAAUUAAAUACUUUAAAGGAUUGGCUCAUUAGUUUGACUUUAAAGGAAAUCAGCUCAUUCGCGUCCAACUGUGUGCUAAAUAUGAAGCUAGAGCCAGGAGACCGUUAGCUUAGCUUAGCAUAAAGACCAUACCAGCACCUCUUGAAUGAGAAUGUUAGAUCUCAUUUUUAGAUCUCAUUUGUUUAAACAAACAAACAAAAUGUAAAAAUGAAAAGUUGUGGCUUCGCAGGGAGUUGCUUGCUGGAAGUAAUAAUAAUAAUAGAUUAAACUUAUAUAGCGCUUUUUAGGAUCUCAAAGACACUUUACACAUUCGGGGGGGAAAAGUACUUCUCGGUUGGGCCAGUGAUUUUUUUACCACUGCUUCCAGUCUUUAUGCUAAGCUAAGCUAACAGUCUCCUGGCUCUAGCUUCAUUCUCUCUGCUCUAGGUGCGUUAUUGCCAAGAGUUAGAUGAGAUUGAGACCACUCUCCUAUCCGUAUGCUAAAUAUAAAGCUGCAGCUGGUUGGCUUAGCUUAGCAUAAAGACUGGGAGACAGCUAGCCUGGCUAUGUUCUAAAACUCACUAAGUAACAUGAUGUAUCUUUGCUUGUUUUAAUUGUUAGGUACCUUUUGACAGAGCCAGGCUAGCCUCUUCAACCUGCUUCCAGUCAUUAUGCUAAGCUAAGCUAAUUGACUCCUGGCCUUAGCUUCAUAUUUAGCAAACAGGAAGAAACCAGUUAAGCAUGUUUUCCCCCAAAACUUUAAAAAGGAAAAGUCUGGUAUUUUGAGUAAUAUGGUGGGAUGGUUUCCACCUGCUUCCAGUCAAAUUUGUAACAAUUUGUUUUGCAGUGGUCAAUCCAUCACAUCAGUUGGAUGAUGCCCAUCGAAUGAUAUCCAACAUUCAGAAGUCGACUCCCAAAAAAGUCCCGUAUAAUGGUCGAACCAUAGCUGCCACAUUCUCAGUGUACUUGUGAAUAUGUUGAACAUAUCUCACUGUGUCUGUAUGAUGCCGCCACGUUGCCAACUCAAGGUGCAAAACUGCGUAUCCAUGUGUGCACACGUAUUUAAACGGAAAUCUAUUUGCCAAGUAGCCUUUAGCUAACUUGAUGAUGCGACUACACAGCUGGGAAAGCUGCCAUCGUCACUGCCAGCCUAAAGCAGCGACCGCUAGUAGAGUGCGCUACGGAGACCACACCAACACAGGACCAUCAACAAUAUACGGACUAAUGCAACUCUGAACUGUGCCUUGACUAUGUGUUGUUAUUGAUGCCGUGUCUGUGAGUCCAGCACAGCCUCGCUGGAAGGCUACAAUCGUAUGAAUGCAUUUUACUUCAUCUGAGCUGUAAUAAUGCCGUAUGUGGACAGUGUUCUACUCCACUAUGGGGACGUCUGCCUGUAGCAUCAUUAUAGGCAGAGAUACCGAAGGCCCUGAGCACAGUGGGGAUCAGCUCGUUCACGGUCAUUAUUUAAACUCCGAAUAUACAAAAUACGAAGUAGUUAACUUUUCACAUCUUAGUUUGCAAAUUUUUUAUAUGCAGACGACUCUCCACUGUCAGUUCAGAUUAUAUCACACAAAGCAUUUUCACAAUUACAGGUAAUAUGGGACUAAAUACCCUCUGGAAAUUUGGUUAGAAAAUCAAUAAUAUAUUUUAUUAUAUAUUAGUAAUUAUUGAUUUUAGUUGUUUACCUUAUUACUGACAAAAAUCAGUUCACUCAACUUUUAAUUCACUACAACAUCAGUGAUAAAAGUCACACAAAAACCUGGACUCCCUGCUGUGAAUCCCCACUGUGAGCGGAGGCCUGCAUGCAUGAGGGUGGAUAGAGAAAUCUUCAGCUUUAACAGACUGUAACUGACCGGGCUCGCCCGGUUGUCUUUGUCGUCAAGUGUUGAUCAUCACAUUGUGAGUCUAUUGAUCGGCCGUGAACAUGGCGGUUUGUAGUUUAACCGACGUCGGAUGCCGUCGUCUUGUUUUGUAGAAACAGAGGACGAACUCCGUCGUGACGUUCGGAGCAUGUGGAACUGUUGUUUAGUUUCAUGUGUCGGUACAGUAAUGAUAAUUUAUGGUUGUGGUGCCUGAGAUAGUGACACGUUUACUUCUAAAAAAAAAAAAAA